UGGAGGCUGCUAAGUUCGCAACCCAUUGGCUACCGUUCUGUCGGAAAAACAACAUAACGGUGAGGAGCCCCGACGAGUAUUUCUCCUUAAAAAAUUAUCAGUGUCGGUUCUCGGAGACGGUGCAAAAGAUUAAGAUAAUGUACGAGAACAUGAAGAUGAAGGUAGAAGACGUUGUUGAGAAGGGAAAAAUUGAUUAUGAAUACAUUAAAGACGAUCAAGAACGCAAAGCUUUUGAUAUUUGGACUGACAAUUUUAGCCGACAAGAUCAUCCCACUGUUAUUAAGGUUUUACUAGAUAACAGCAAAGACAGGGACAUUAGUGGUGAUUUAAUGCCAAAUCUCAUCUAUGUGUCAAGGCAGAAAAGUAAGGCUUCACCCCACCAUUUCAAGGCUGGUGCUCUCAAUGUUCUGCUUCGAGUAUCCGCUGUGAUGAGUAAUGCACCAAUUAUUCAAACACAAGAUUGUGACAUGUACUCGAACGAUCCCCAAACUCCACUUCGUGUGCUCUGCUAUGUAUGUGAUCCUGCAAUGAGGUCCAAAUUAGGUUACGUUCAAUUUCCUCAGCAUUUUCAUGGACUCAAUAAAAAUGACAUUUAUGCUUCUGAAUAUAAACGCAUGUAUCAAAUCAAUUCCAUGGGUCUCGAUGGCCUUAUGGGUCCAAAUUAUGUUGGGCCUGGAUGCUUUUUUGUCCGCCGAGCUUUCUUCGGCGGCCCCUUCCCUUCUACCAUGUUGCCACCCGAAAUUCCCCAACUGGGCCCAGAUUAUGUUGUGGAUAAGCCCAUUACAUCUGAAGCUGUAUUGGCACUGGCACAUAAGGUAGCAGCUUGCAAUUAUGAGAAUCAGACCCAAUGGGGUUCCAAGAUUGGAUUUAGAUAUGGGUCAACGUCUGAGGACCUUUUUACAGGAUAUCGGCUGAAAUGUGAGGGAUGGAAGGGAGUUCUAUGCAAACCACAAAGGGCUGCAUUUCUGGGGGAUGUACCAAUUACCCUUCUUGAUUUACUGACUCAGUGCAAGAGAUGGUCCAUCGGCCAAUAUCAAGUUGGCUUCUGCAAACACAGUCCUCUAACAUUUGGUAUCCGUUCCAUGGGCCUGUUAAUGAGCCUGGGCUAUUCUUACUAUUCAUUUUGGAGCAUUUGGUCCAUUCCAGUGACGACGUAUGCUUUUCUCCCCCAGCUAGCUCUCCUCAAUGGAGUUAGUAUUUUCCCAGAGAUUUCAAAACCAUGGUUUUUCUUGUAUGUCUUCCUUUUUCUGGGUGCAUACGGGCAAGAUUUGCUUGAAUUUGUUCUAGCUGGAGCAAGUGUUGGGAGAUGGUGGAAUGAUCAAAGGAUGUGGUUGAUAAAGGGACUCUCGUGUUUCUUGUUUGCCACAGUAGAGUACUUGCUCAAGUCCUUUGGCUUUUCCACACAUGGUUUCACUGUGACAAGCAAGGUCGUUGACGAUGAACAGGGCAAAAGAUAUGAGCAAGGGACUUUUGAGUUUGGUGUUACAUCCCCCAUGUUUGUACCAAUAACAAUGGCAGCAAUAAUCAACUUAUUCUCAUUCAUAUUGGGAAUGAUACAAGUUUCUGGUAGCAGCAGCAAGACAGAUGGCCUAUGUUUGCAGACACUACUAUCUGGAUUUGUUGUUAUAAAUUCCUGGCCAAUUUACGAGGCUAUUGGUUUCAGGAAGGAUAGAGGGAAAAUGCCUAACAAAGUAACUAUCACUGCCAUAUUUCUGGCAGGAGUUGUUUACAUAGCAGCUUCUCUCAUCCUCAAGUGAAGACACAAAAUUGGGGACUUUGGUUUGGGUAUAUUUGUUCUUAACGUCGUACUCUUAGGUUUCGUAGUUUGUAUGAGGUGAAAAACCUAGGACUUCAACUCUUCAAUUCAAUGGCAUCCAGCUGUUGUCUGGGUAUAUAUGAAGAUGCUAUUUGUUUCGAUUUUGACUUCAAUGGAAAGAAGUUGUGGCAACAAUUUGCCGUUGAUCAAGGUAUAUUACAGAAAGAAAGAAAGUAGUAUUUAAGGAUGGAGAAAAAAAAAAAGAAUUUGUUAGCCAUCAUCCACAGAUCAGCAGAGUGACGAAAAAUUAAUACUUCCUCUUCCCAACCUUGAAGCUGGAUGAUCGAAUAACCUCAUCAUCUGCUUUUAAAGUUGCCUCAAGAAGUGCCAUUGACUCGGGUUUUGUGAAGUAGGUGAAGAGGAGGUAAAU